UAUAAAACUGGUCAUUAGCUUUCCUGUGGUAACUGUUUAAUGUUUAGACCUUUAUUGUGAAAAUCCAAAUCGGAUAUUGAGAAUGUGAAACUGUUAGCUUGAUAGUUAGCGCUCGAGCGCUGCCCUUGACUGUCACCGACCCACAACAGACUGUCUGUUAUUGACCUGACUUCCGGCUCGGUUCGGCUACGAUGUCCUGCAGGGGUAAAUCUCUGUGGCUUUUACUGCGGCGGUGUGUCGCAGUCAGACAGCUAACGGCACCGACAGCUUCACGCAUGUGCGGCUUCACUCAGCAGCGAACUUGGACUUCGGCGGCCCGGACAGCCUGUCUCCAGAGAUUGUGCGAGCUGCAGCCCGCAGUUAGAAGCAGCCACAGCCGCUUCUGUACGAAGACAGGAGGAACCUGUGAGGAUGACUACCCACCUCUGCCGGCCUAUCAUCCUGAAACGGAACCAGAGACCAAGGAGGUUUACAUCGUGCAGGUGAAAGGUCUCCCAUGGUCCUGCACCACUCAGGACCUUCUGCAGUUCUUCUCAGAGUGUAGGAUACGUGAUGGGGUGAAAGGCAUCCACCUGACUUUGGACAGGCUGGGGAGGCCGUCAGGACGAGCCUUCAUCGAGAUGGAGCACGAGGAGGACGUCAGCAAAGCCCUGGAGAAGCACCGGCAGUACCUCGGCCCACGAUACGUUGAAGUGUAUGAAGUGACAAACGGUGACGCUGAAGCCAUCCUGAAGAAAGCCACCCAGCCUCUAGGAGCUGAUGGCGUGGUGCUGCUCAGAGGGCUCCCCUUCACUUGCACUGAGGAUGACAUUGUCCACUUCUUUUCAGGUUUGGAGAUAACGGAGAACGGGAUCACCAUGGUCACAGACUCCAGGGGAAGAAAGUCUGGAGUGGCUUAUGUGCAGUUCACGUCUCAGGAAGCAGCUGAUGAAGCGCUGCAGAGAGAUCGAGAGAUCAUAGGGAACAGAUACAUCGAGGUGUUUCCCAGCAGAAGAGAUGAGAUUCACUCAACCUGGGGGAGGAGGACGAGUCCAUUUUCCUCUCAGUCCAGGCCUCAGUCAGUGGACAGGAGGAGUGCCCCUGAAAACAGAUCACCUGCUUCGCCUCCUCCGUCACUUCACCUUCAGAGCUCCACCGUACCGCUGCACUACAUCCAUGUGAGAGGACUUCCUUUCCAGGCUUCUGGGGAAGACAUAGUGAAGUUCUUCUAUCCUCUGGCCGUGUCUAAGAUCCUGAUCGAAUGCGGCCCCGACGGGAGGCCGAGCGGAGAGGCUGACGUUUACUUCCACUGCCACAGAGACGCCGUGGCCGCCAUGUCAAAAGACAGAAUGAACAUAGGCGAGCGAUACAUCGAGUUAUUUCUCAACUCUGUCCCAGACUGUGACAGCAGGUGAACGUCGACACACGGAUGCCAAACACACACAGGAUUCCCGUAUUUAUUUUCCAGCCUGACGUGGACAUCUAAUAAACAUUCCUGGUGUCAAAGGCAAACCUGUCCGUCUUUAUUUAAUCAAAUGUAAUAUUCCUAUAAUGUUUUUUUGAUUUUAUUCUGGAGGUUUGCAUCUCCACUUUAAUUUUAAAGAAAGAGGCGUACACUUGUAAAUUCUUAUGUUUAUUAAGCCAAGAAGCUGUUCCACUUCACCUGUUAAUCAUCAGCCACAAAAAAAUAAAGAUUUAGUUGUUUUUAAUCAACAGAACAUAAAAGUUAAACCUGCACUGAUGUGUCUUCACUUUACCUCAGCCAGGCAGAGAGCCGUGCAUCAAAAGUGCUGAAACACAUUCAGUUUAUCCAAAGCAAAAAGCCUUCAGUCUAAAAAUGUAUGAUUCACCUGCUACAGUUUAAAACACACCAGACUCAGAUGUGACUUCAUGUUAAAUGACUGAUUUUAAGCCUUCUUGUUAAUGCCACUUCUAAUACACAACAGCAGGAAAAAGAAAACAGCUUUGUAAACUUAAGAAUCAGGUGAUCAUUUGCAAAAUACAUUUAUUAUCUCUCAUUACAUGAAACUAGCUGAGCUUAGCGUAAAGAAAGGAAACGAGACCAAAACCGCUCAGGAAAAGUGCCGACUAACACAUCGUUGCAAAAAUGAAACACUGCAUCUAAAGUUUCCCGGCCCUGACGGGAGCAGCUGUUCCUGAACAGAGCACCGGGGCCGAGUCUGAAAUGUGCAAACCUUCGAUCAAAACUCUGAUCUUGCGGUUUUCACUGACUUGCUUGUUGAGGUUGAUUCUCCAUGAACAGCUUUGAAUUGGUCUCCAUUUUUAUAGCUUUACCAAUAUUAAGACAUGAGACAAAUUCAGUUUCUAAAAUAGAUCCAAAGAUGAAGAAUUUAAUGGUGAUACUGAUUUUUAUUGGGAGUGACUUCUGAAUCGCUGUCCAAGUUUCCAGCACACAACGCUGGAAAUGCAAAUUGGCAUGUUAAAUGUUGACCUCUUAAGGUGGAUUUGGUUAUUUAUGCUAAAAUUCAGUUUUCUUUAUAAUUCCCAGAAUCCGCUCCACUCUGGAAAUAAACACUUUGUAACUUUUUUUCAUAUAUUGCAUGAAUUUUUUUUAAAAAGUCUUUAAGGAAGUAAUGACACAUAACAUGACAGCAUUCGGUCAUUUUGACCGACUUUGUCAGGAUUUUCCCUGAAUCUGACACCAGUUUAAUCACAAAAGUGCAUAAACGUGUGAGUAACUCCAUAUCCUGAUCUCUGAAUCGAAACACCGAGCCUUGAAUUCCAGUUUUUCCUUUUUUAUCUUUAUCCCUAGUGUUAAAAGAUAUGUCAGUUAAACUUUUCAUCACUUAGUGUCCGUAAAUGAGAUGAUUCUUUUAUUUUUUUAAUCCA